GCAGCGACGUCGUCUUAUUUGACUGUAAAAGUCUCGCCAGUUACUUCAAAAUCCAAAUCUAUCACACUCUCUCUCUACUUUCUCUCUCUAAAAAUCCUAUAAGUCUCUCCAUUUUCACACACUGUCAUAUACAGAGAAGACUAUAGAGUACGGAAAAAGCUUCGCUUCUUCAUCGAUUACUUGUUUUGUCUCUCUCUCUUUCUCUUUGGAUUUUUUGUCACUGCAGUGAUGUCGGGCACUGCUCUCAGAGACCUAAAUGCACUACCUGGAUCUGAGAGGAAAAAUGAAAGCUCUAGUAAAGGGAGUUUUACCAAACCUUACUGUGAGAACACUGAUGAAAAUGUAGAAAAGAGUCGGAGAAAAAACCCUUCCUCAUUGGUUUCAACCACUGUUAAUGGAGAUGAAACUGUGAAUCCUGGGGCAGAGGUAGCUAACUCAGAGGUCGAGUAUAUUGAAUCUGAGAACUUGAGUGAUGUAGAGGAUGUUGAGACCAGUGUAAAGACACUCAUGGCUGGCCUAGACUCUAAGGACUGGGUUCUGGUUUGUGAAUCACUCAACAAUACACGUCGAUUAUCCAUAUUCCACAAGGAAGCAUUGCUGGAUAUGCUGGGGGAAGUGAUACCACUCAUUGUGAAGGCAUUGAAGAAUCCAAGAAGUGCUCUAUGUAAAACUGCCAUUAUGACUUCUGCUGACAUAUUCAGUGCUUAUAAUGAUCACUUAAUUGAUUCACUGGACCCGCUGCUUGUACAGCUUCUUCUCAAGGCUUCACAAGACAAACGAUUUGUAUGUGAGGCUGCUGAGAGAGCUUUGGUGGCAAUGACGACAUGGAUUUCUCCUACAUUGUUGUUACCAAAGUUAGAGCCGUAUCUUAAGAACAGGAAUCCUCGAAUUCGAGCUAAGGCGUCAAUGUGCUUCUCUCGUAGUGUACCACGACUGGGUGUUGAGGGAAUUAAAUCAUAUGGGAUUGACAAAUUGAUCCUAGUUGCUGCAUCACAGCUCAGUGACCAACUUCCUGAAUCCAGGGAGGCUGCUCGAACCCUCCUUUUGGAGCUGCAAACUGUAUAUGAGAAGUCACACGAUUUAACACCUGCAAUAUCUGAACAUUCAGAGCUCAGUUCUUGGGAGCACUUCUGUCAAUCAAAACUCUCUCCUUUAAGUGCACAAGCAGUGCUUCGAGUGACCAAUAUUGCUCGGGAGGGUCUGGUUUUGGGUUCAUAACAUUAGCUAUAUAGAGCGUAAACGAUUUUAGUGAGUACGGUCUUUUCAUUUUACUGGCAUAUAUAUGAUCUUCAUGAGCAGAGUCUAUAAUUUCUCUUUCUAUCUUUUGCAUUGGUUCGUCUACAUGUUCCUGUAAAUACGAAGAAAGAGUAUGUCCGAAUUGCGGUUAAACACGUAGCUGAGUUGGAAUAUUCUUUGCAGAUGUGUUACUGGCCCUUCAAUUACUUGAUGCAAUUAUGAAUUUAUGCAAUUUACUUGAGCAAAAUUGUUUCAAUGCCUUUUCUUGGUUUGUUGUGCCUUGCCCAUUUAGCCAAGGCAAAAAAACUGAAGUUUUUUAUUGUUCUUAUUCUGCUGCUGCAGUAUGGUUUAUUGUUUAUUCCUUUUUAUUGUUAAUAAAAGGAUAGUGUAACUAGUAUUAUUGUUAA